AUGGGGGGAGAUCUCAGAAAGGCUGUGUCAGAUGAGCACAAGAGGUUUCUACAUGACUUGGUUUGGAUACAUGAAGAGGAAAAGGUGCCGAUUGAUACAGAUGAAGGAGAAAUCAUCUGCAAUCUGAUUUCAGUCCAUGCUGGCCUAGAGAGGACCAUAGAUUUGAAUGAGCAGCUUAGAGUUUUGAGAACUAGAGACACAAGGGUGCCAAAGGUUCAAAUGUUUAGUGGGCGGCAAGAUGUUUGGGACACACCCAAGGAUCUGACUGGCAAGCAGACUGUCAUUGUAAGUGGCCACCACGGGAAGCUCCACAUCGGCAGUCUCCGAUUCAAUGGUGGUUAUGAAGACUAA